AUGGCCCGCGCGGCGCCGUCGUGGCAUGAGGUGAGCGUGGCCGUCGGCUGGGGCUCCCUCCGGGGCAAGACCUGCCUGCUGGGGGAGCCUAAGGGCGGCGCCCCCCUGCGCGUGCUGGCGCUGCACGGCUGGCUCGACAACGCCAACUCCUUCGACGCGCUGGUGCCGCUGCUGCCCGCCGGGCUGGAGGUGCUGGCGCUGGACCUGGCGGGCCACGGCCUCUCGGACCACCUGCCCGCCGGCGCGCGCUACGACGCCAUGACGCAGCUGGUGCACCUACGCGAGGCGACGCAGCGGCUCGGCUGGACCGACUUCGUGCUCCUGGCGCACAGCCUGGGCGCCCUCGUCGCCAACUACUACGCGGCCCUGUACCCGCAGGCCGUGCGGGCGCUGGUCGUCCUGGACUACCUGGUGCCCUUCCACGCGGAGGGGCGGCUGGCCACGUGGCGGGCGGAGAACCGCCUCAUGCGGCGCCAGGAGCGAGGGCAGGGCAGGGCGCGGCGCGUGUACUCGGAGGCCGAGGCCCUGGCGCGCCUGGUGGAGGCGCGGAAAGGCGGCGACGGCCAAGCCUUCCGACGUGGGACGUAG